AGUUAUUGUGUUGACAUUUCAUCGGAGUGGAGGAGCACAGCCCCACCAUCAUCAUCAUCAUCAACUAAACCAUCACCACCACCACCACCGCCGCCGCCGCUACGAUCACCACCAAACAUUUACGAGAAUCGAAGCCGCCGAAGUGCAGCGCACCUCCUGCCUCCGCCACAAAGCUAA